GUUGGGUGAACUUCUUCGCGCCCUCGAAUGCGGUUAGGUUGGAAAAGGAAAUUGGGAAUUUGGUUAUGGUAUUACGAAGUGAUACGAACGUGGAGAUUGGCUGAAUGCUCUUUCUUGUCGUCGUGUAGUCAACAUGAGCAUUCAGUAAUUGAUGGGAGGAUAUUGGUACGAUCUCUGUUGAUCACUCUGCACGCAGUCCUUCUUCGAGGCAUGCUGUCCUGUGAAAUCUAUGGCAUCAACGCAUCUCCCACCCCGACGACCCUCAGCGGGGCGCGCGCGUCUCGAUAUCGCAAAAAGAUCCCCUUUGCUCACACGUUACGACAAAUCCAUUACACACAAAUAAACCCCAGCGAUCGACACAAAAACACUUCUCCUACCAUUUCUGGAGAGAAACGGCAAAUGGAACUUCCCCGCGGCGAGAAUUAUCGUGAGAUUGACUGAUGGAGCGCGGUGUGGUGGCAGAUAAGGUACAUGACUCGGACGAUUGGAAAGAGUAUUUGUGUGAGGUUGUGAGAUAAGAGGGAGG